AUGACCAAUGCUAAGAGCUCUGCAGCACCAUUUCAUACUUCUACUGAUGUUGCCUCUACUCCUUAUGAGGACCCUUUUCUCUAUAGAAGCACAGUUGGUGCUCUUCAGUAUGCUACCAUCACAAGACCAUAUAAUGCAUUUGCUGUUCACAAGGCAUGUCAGAAGAUGCAACAUCCUUCCAUUGUAGAAUGGUUAGCUGUUAAAAGAAUUUUGAGAUAUCUGGUUCGUAUUCUCUCUUACGGCUUGCAGUUUAAAAGAGCUAUUUCCCUACAGUUGCAGGCCUACUCUGAUGCUGAUUGGACAGGAGACAUCACUGACAGAAGAUCCACCAGUGGUUUGGAAAUCUUUUUUGGCCCUAAUCUCAUUUCAUGGUGCUCUAGAAAACAGAAGACUGUUUCCAGAUCAAGUACUGAGGCAGAAUAUCUUGCCUUAGAAAAUGACACUUCUGAGUUAGCAUGA